AUGGAUUUUGAGAUCCCUUUAGAUGAUUCAUUGCCUGAAGAGAAGAUCAUGGCAAUAAGAGCUUACAUGGAGCUUGAGGAGGCUAAAUCCAUCAAGGAGAUAAGCUUGCCUUGGUUUGUUGAUAUAGUGAUCUACUUGUCUUGUGGUGUAGAGCCACCUGAGCUGAAUGGAUUUCAAAGAAAGAAGUUCUUCAAAGAUGUGAAGAGGUAUUUCUUGGAUGAACCCUAUCUCUAUGUGCUUAACAAGGAUCACUUGUAUAGGAGAUGCUUAGCUGAUGAGGAGGUUCAAGGGGAUGCUCAAGGUGUGGUGUCUAGCUAUGAUGCUUGUCAAAGACAAGGAAACAUCUCCAAGAGGAAUGAAAUGCCACAAAAUCCUAUUAUUGAAGUGGAGGUGUUUGAUUGUUGGGGAAUUGAUUUCAUGGAACCAUUUGUCUCAUCUCAUGGAAAUCAAUAUAUCCUUGUUGCUGUGGACUAUGUGUCCAAGUGGGUGGAAGCCAUUGCAAGCCCUAUCAAUGACUCCAAAGUGGUUUUGCUAAAGCAUGGGGUUAAGCAUAAGAUAGUAAGUCCAUAUCAUCCCCAAAACAGUGGCCAAGUGCAGACCUCCAACAAACAGAUAAAAGCAAUUCUUGAAAGGACUGUGAGUGCAUCUAGAAAAGAUUGGUCCAUGAAAUUAGAUGAUUCUCUAUGGGCUUAUAGAACUGCUUUCAAAACCCCUAUUAGAACCUCACCUUUUAAUCUUCUAUAUGGGAAAAGCUGCCAUCUACCAGUUGAGCUAGAGUACAAAGGUUUGUGGGCUUUCAAGUUGCUUAACUUUGACAUUAAAACUGCUAAAGAGAAGAGACUUCUACAACUUCAUGAGUUGGAAGAGAUCAGGCUCAAUGCCUCUGAGAGUUCUAAGAUCUACAAAGAAAGAACAAAGACUCUCCAUGAUCAGUAG